AUGAAUGAAGUUGAAGCUCUGCAGAAGAAGAAGAGAAAACAUUUUAUACCUUACUUUUUGGGAUUUGUAAUAUUUUUGUUUUGCAUGGUCCAUCUUGUGUCAUUUACAGCAAAGACAGCUCAGGAAUCCCACUCUGUCAGGGUGCGUCGGGAUCUAGAGAAUGAGACAGAGUGCAUCUCACCACAGUCCUCUGAGUUUCCUGAAGGAUUCUUCACAGUGCAGGAGAGGAAGGAUGGAGGGCUCAUCAUUUAUUUUAUGAUUAUUUUCUACAUGCUUUUGGCUGUCGCAGUUGUCUGCGAUGAUUACUUUCUGCCAUCCUUAGAAGUGAUCAGUGAACGUCUGGGACUGUCUCAGGAUGUAGCCGGAGCCACGUUUAUGGCAGCUGGGAGUUCUGCACCGGAACUGGUCACAGCCUUUCUGGGUGUGUUUGUGACAAAGGGAAACAUUGGGGUCAGCACGAUAGUGGGAUCAGCAGUCUACAACCUGCUGGGGAUCUGUGCUGCAUGUGGACUCUUGGCCUCUAUGGCAGGGCAUCUCACCUGUUGGCCACUGUUCAGGGACUGCCUGGUAUAUGGCAUCAGUGUUGCUGCUGUAAUUGGAAUAAUUUCUGAUAACAAGGUGUACUGGUAUGACGCUGCCUGUCUGCUGCUUGUCUAUGGCAUCUACAUUGUGAUUCUGUGUUUUGACCUUCGCAUCAGUGAGUUUGUCCUGAGGAAGCUGAGCCCUUGCUGCACCUGUCUGGGUAAAGGAUCUGAUGAGAAGACUGAGACACAGCCUCUGAUGGGCUGGACCGAUGAUGCCAGUCUGCGAGUCCACUGUCGCUCCAGAACAGACAGUGGAAUCUUCCGGGAUGACUCAGGAUACUCUCACCUGUCUCUCAGCCUGCACGGCCUCAGUGACAUUCCUGAAGAGCACAAAAGUGUGUUUGCUGUGCCAGAGAGUGACAUGAAACGAAUCCUCUGGGUUCUGUCUCUGCCCAUCAUCACUCUGCUUUUCUUGAGCAUCCCUGACUGCAGGAGAAGGUUCUGGAAGCCGUGGUUCAUGGUAACCUUCAUCAUGUCUGCUGUUUGGAUAUCAGGGUUCACAUACAUACUGGUGUGGAUGGUCACUGUUGUAGGUGAGACCCUUCUCAUCCCUGAUACAGUCAUGGGACUCACUUUGCUUGCAGCUGGAACCAGUAUUCCCGACACCAUAGCCAGUGUGAUGGUGGCCAGAGAAGGGAAAGCUGACAUGGCCAUGUCCAACAUUGUGGGCUCCAAUGUAUUUGACAUGCUCUGUCUGGGCCUGCCUUGGUUUAUCAAGACUGCCUUUGUGGAUACCAACAACCCCAUAGAGGUUAACAGCACAGGACUGGUCUUCACUUCCUCCACACUCCUCUUUUCCAUCAUCUUCCUUUUUGUAGCCGUUCACAUUAAUGGAUGGAAACUGGAUUGGAAGUUGGGAGUGGUUUCUCUCAUGUGCUACAUCCUCUUUGCCACUUUGUCUAUCCUCUAUGAGCUGGGGAUUAUUGGGAAUAAUCCCAUAAGACUGUGUAGUGACUAAACUCUGACAUUCCCAGGACUGAAGCCAUAUUUUGUAACACCAGCUCAAAAACACAACAAAAAAUACCAACACAAGGAGGCAUGGUCCCAUUUACAAACUUUAGUGCAUGUGGAGGACAGGCUGGCCCAACAUAAUUUGCCAGAUCCAGAUCAGUGUUAUCAUACAACGAAGACAUUUUAUUAAAUUCUGAAGUGCUGUCACAACAGUACCUACCAAAUAAAUCCAGAACUGAACUCGUUUAGCUUUGUCCUUAAUUAAAUGGCUUUCCACGGUGUGGAUGGAGGCCACACAGGAUUUGGGGGGGGGGGUCCAUUAUAUUCUCACUUUUUCCAGUUGCUACUUUUGAGAAUAAUUUGGAAUUUUCCAGCCUGAGGCGACGCUGAGCAACAGUGCUUAAUUAGCACCUCUUCAGUUUCCACACUGAACAAUAACUUUGACUCUUACAUUUCAGGAGAUUUUACAACAACCAAGUUUAAAAAUUAAAAAGUUUAUUUGUUCAA